GCUUGUUUACCCCAGCGUGUUGCACAUUCUCGCCACUUUGCCGCAACACCUUCCUCCAGCGCCAUCUUGAUUGACCACGACAGCCUUCUCCACCUCCGUUGUCAAGGACCACGCGCGCUUUCGACGUUUCGAUCGAGGAUCUCUCGCAUCAUGACAGUGGACGCAGGAGCACAGACCAAGGUGCUGGGACCAGCCGCAGCAUUCAAGGGCCCUGGCCCUGCCGGGUACACGCUGCCAUCAGCCUUUGGCAGUGCAACCGACAAACGGCUCAAGAGUGCCCCGUCGUUUUCUUUCGGCACCCGCGCUUCCCCAAAACCCAAAGAAGCAAGCCCCGGUCCCGUGUACAAGAUUGAUCAAGCGCUGACAAGCCGUGGCCGGGCCACCGCCCCUGCCUAUUCCCUGGGCAGCCGUGCCUCCCCGCUCAAGGCCCCCAAGACACCCGGCCCCGGGGAGUACAGGGCCACAGCGCUGGAUCGCGCCUCGACCGUCCGCACCGCACCAGCGUUCUCCAUGGGAGGGCGGCCCCGCUCGCCAAAGGACAUGGCAGUCCCUGCCCCGGGCACGUACAAGCUCCCUCCUCUCAUGAGCACCUCGCCCAUCUCCAGCAAGCAGUCCUCUGCCAGCUUCACCAUGAGCGGCCGCCUCAAAACGGGCAGCUUCCACACCGACCACGCCAAAACCCCUGCCCCAGGCACCUACAACCCAGUCACCCUCGACAGUCGUAAGCGUCGUGCCCCUACAUACGUGAUGACAUCUCGUCGCGCCGACAAGUCCACGUCCAUCACUCCUGGACCAAACACUUACAGCGUGCGCAGCAUGGACAAGCCCAAGGGUGGUACCCUCGGUGUGCGCUAUUCAGAGUACAUGUAUCUCCCCCACGCCAUGUAAGCGGAUCCCACCAUCCCAAACCACAAAGUGGCGCGCACUGUUGCUGCUCCCCGUCCAGCGAGAGAGAGAGGAACAUCAACUCUGACCGCACUUCGUCACCACAACUUGUCGCCCCCUCCCCUCCCCCCCCCAUUGCAUACACUCAAAGAAGAGCAAACCAGACUUAUUUCCGCAGUCCUUGGCAUUUGCCCGCUAUCAACAGCACUUUGUUGCUGUUGUAGUUCUUGUUGUGUUGUGUGAAUCACGUUCUUUUUAUCCACGCCUGUCGCGCUGUUGUCCCUUGCUAACUCGGCCCCUCUGUGUUUCAUGUCAGUCGCAUGUGUGGUCUUGUAGUUUUCUUCAUCAGCUGACGUGUUGGGGAACCAAGCACAUUGAUUGCUUUACCUGCUCAUUGUACAUACACAAGUCUGCAUGACUUUCAACCUGGUUGCUGCCUGAUGCGCGAUGGAAACAUUGUUUGUCUUGAUGACGUGUGAUGAUGCGUGGCGCGUGCUUUUCUUGACCUCUUCCCCCCUUCUCUUGCUUGCGAUGUUCGCAACAUAUCACGAUGUUAAUCCUCGAUGAAUUGUUCUCACGCAAACGACAAAGUAAGAGAGCCAAGGAGCAUAAAGCAGAGAGAAACACAG